AGUGUCCACCGAUACUGUUGAGAGUUCCCACCAUCCUCAAGUCCUCCAAGCACUCAUAGAAAACAAUCACGCAUCAGAGGGCCUCAUAGCGGAGGCCUUAUCUAGGGACAUCUCUAAUGAGCCGGAGUACCGAGGGGCUGUGUUGGUCGCCCUCACAGCGGCCAAGGCCGAGCUGCUCACUGGGGACGUGGUGGAGCGUCUUCAUGACUUGUUUUAUCCCAAUGACAUUGAUGGCGUAUUAGCCCUCGCCCGAAGCCGAGCUCAGUCACCUCAUCGAGAGGCUUGGCUGGAACUAUGCUCUCGUUCCUCACAGCCAGCAGAGGUUCGAGUAGCAGUCAGCCCUCUAGUGCCUGAUGCCAUCGCAGUAACAAUGGUGCAGGAUGAGUGCGAAGAAGUUCGGUGUAUUGUAUGCAAGAAUCUAGGAGGCCUCGCGCCCCUCCCAACUCUGUAUCAGAGGUAUACUGCUAAGCCAUUGAGAGUGCCAACAGUAGCUGAGGUAACUGCUUUAGUGUCGGACCGAGCAGCACCUCGAUCGUUCGAUAAGGAAGAGCCCAACACCUACCAAGAGGAGCUACUCUCCACACAGUUUGCCCUCAAGAGCAACGCGAUGGCUUCUCAGCCGGUUGAGGGGGUCCAAGCAGCCCUCAGCGCCCUCGUAGACGGCCUCGAGGACUUUGGUUGGAGCUUGACUUGCGAUGAGUUCGUGUUUGAAUCCGCAUUCGCCCUGCUAGGGGCAGCUAAGGAGCCUUCCCCGAACUAAGUACCAAAUUCGACAGAGAUGAGGUCCCCCUCUGUCUGCGACGUC